CAGCCAGCGCCACUUCACAAAUCGGACGGCCGCCAGUCGCGAAGCGCCUCUGAGCCGCUCGGAGAGAAUUUCCCCGCCUCCCACACUUGGUUGGGCUGCUUCUUCCCUUCGCCUUUGCAGGCCGCUAAGCCCGCCGUUUUGUGAGACCCUCUUUGGGCCAGCCCGAAGCUGGCCUCGGCCGUCGCCAUGGAGCCUUGCCCGACGACGGAUGGUUCCUGCGAGAAGAAAAGGAUUAGCUCGGAACGUAGAAAAGAGAAGUCUAGAGAUGCAGCCAGGUGUCGGAGGAGUAAAGAAUCAGAAGUGUUCUAUGAACUUGCUCACCAGUUGCCUCUUCCCCAUCACGUGAGCGCACAUCUUGAUAAAGCCUCUUUUGAAUUGACAGGACACAGCGUGUUUGAUUUCACUCAUCCAUGUGAUCAUGAAGAGUUGAGAGAAAUGCUCAUCCAUCGAAAUGGAUCUGUUAAAAAGGGAAAGGAUCAAAAUACAGAACGGAGUUUUUUCCUCAGAAUGAAAUGUACACUGACAAGCAGAGGAAGAACUGUGAAUAUAAAAUCAGCCACAUGGAAGGUACUUCAUUGUACAGGUCAUAUUCGUGUUUUUGAGAAUUGCAACAAUCCGACUGUGUGCGGCUAUAAAAAGCCUCCCAUGACGUGUUUGGUAUUAAUUUGUGAGCCUAUACCUCAUCCAUCAAAUAUUGAAGUCCCAUUGGAUAGUAAAACGUUCCUCAGCCGCCAUAGCCUUGACAUGAAAUUUUCCUAUUGUGAUGAAAGGAUUACAGAACUAAUAGGAUAUGAUCCUGAAGAACUCCUGGGGCGUUCUGUAUAUGAAUAUUAUCAUGCACUGGACUCUGAUCAUCUGACCAAAACACAUCAUGACAUGUUUGCCAAAGGGCAAGUCACCACCGGACAGUAUCGAAUGCUUGCCAAGCAAGGAGGCUAUGUCUGGGUAGAGACUCAAGCAACUGUUAUAUACAAUACUAAGAAUUCUCAACCACAAUGUAUAGUGUGUGUGAACUAUGUCUUGAGUGGAAUUGUUCAGCGGGACUUGGUUUUUUCACUUCAGCAAACAGAGUGUAUGUUGAAACCAGUGGAUUCUCCUGAGAUGGGAAUGAGGACAGAACUCAACAAGAGUGAUCUGGAAGAUAGCAGCAGCCUCUUUGAGAAACUUAAGAAGGAACCUGAUGCAUUAGUCUAUCUUGCUCCUGCUGCUGGAGAUACCAUCAUUGCAUUAGAUUUUAACAACGAUGAGCCAGAUGAACAUCAACCAUCUGAUGACGUUCCUUUGUAUAAUGACGUAAUGCUCCCCUCAUCCAGUGAGAAACUGCAGAAUAUAAAUUUGGCAAUGUCCCCACUAUCUGCUUCUGAAACAACAAAGCCCCUCUGUAGCAAUGCUGAUCCAGCACUCAAUAGAGAGGUGGUGGCCAAACUGGAACCCAGCACGGAGCCCUUAGAUCUUACUUUCUCCAGCCGCCGGACCCAGGAUCAACCAGCUACUCCUUCUGAUGGAAGCACUAGCCAAAGCUCACCUGAGCCUAAUAGUCCUCCAAAUGAUUAUUGCUUCAGCGUGGAUAAUGAGAUGCCAAGUGAGUUCAAGCUGGAAUUGGUGGAAAAGCUCUUUGCAAUAGACCCAGAAUCAAAAAAUCCCUUUUCAAUGCAGGAAACAGAUUUAGAUUUGGAAAUGUUGGCACCUUAUAUCCCCAUGGACGAUGAUUUCCAGUUGCGCACCUUCGACCAGCUUUCUCCACUGGAGGGCAAUACUGCAAGUUCUUCUUCUAAUGUGACUCCUGUGACAGGGUUUCAGCAAACUCCAAUGCAGUCAUCGGCCACUGACACGAUAAGAUCCACGACAAUCAAACAUGAAACUGCUCCGAAGAUGCUUGUAAUGCCUGCCCCUAUUAAUCCAAAAGUACUCACAGAUCCUGCUCCCAUAAUCAGUGCCCCGGCAUCACCUUAUGCUAAGAAUCAAAGUCGGACUUCCUCUCCAGUCAGAACGGGAAAAGGCACAAUAGACCCGACAGACCAAAUAAGUACAGGAGCACCGGACUUGUUGACAGUCACUUUUGAUAACAGGUAAAUGGGGUUAUCUGUCAGAUCGUAAAAGU